AUGGCACCCAAAGAGGAGAGCGACCCUAAAUCCCACCCCUCCACCUCUACCGAUGGCGUCAGCGUCGAGGUCGGCGAGAGUAUGGGAAGCCUACAGCGCCGACUCAAUAACCGUCAGAUUCAGCUUAUCGCCGCCGGUGGCUCGAUCGGAACAGCCCUUUUCAUCAGUAUCGGUGGUGGCCUCGCCAAAGGUGGCCCCGCCAGCUUGGUGAUCGCCUAUACCCUGUACUCCGGCGUACUUGCCCUCGUGAAUAACUCCAUCGCCGAAAUGAAUACGUAUAUGCCCGUCUCGGGCGGAUUUAUCCGCCUCGCCGGUCACUGGGUAGACGAUGCCCUGGGCUUCAUGGCCGGUUGGAAUUUCUUUUUCUACGAGGCCUUGCUCAUCCCAUUCGAGAUCACCGCUCUCAGUUUGGUCAUGUCUUUUUGGAACUCUGAGGUCGCGAACCCCGGUCCGACGGCUGGCGUCUGUGCGGCGGUGAUUGCUUGUUAUGCCGCACUUAACAUCGUUGCCGUCCGAUUCUACGGAGAGGCCGAAUUCUGGCUCUCCGGAGGCAAACUGAUUCUUAUCUUUAUCCUCUUCGCAUUCACCUUCGUGACCAUGGUCGGAGGGAAUCCCCAACACGACGCCUACGGUUUCCGUCAUUGGAAGAAUCCGGGCGCAUUCGCCACAUUUCAAAACGAAGGUGACCUAGGGCGGUUUCAAGGCUUUCUAGCUGCGCUCUUCAGCGCUGGGUUCACCGUCGUCGGUCCCGAGUACAUCUCGAUGGUCUCCGCCGAGGCCAAACGACCCAGCGUGUACAUCAAAGCCGCCUUCCAGACCGUAUACUACCGAUUCUGUAUCUUCUUCAUCAUCGGCUCGCUGGCCGUCAGCAUCGUCGUCGCAUACAACGACCCGGCCCUCGUGGAACUCUACUUCGGCACCGGCGGCGACAGCAACAGCGCCGCCGGCUCUCCCUAUGUCAUGGCCAUGCAGAAUCUCGGCAUCACCGUGCUUCCCGAUAUCGUCAACGCACUGAUUUUUACCUCAAUCUUCUCCGCCGGAAAUACCUACACCUACUGCGCCACGCGCUCGCUCUACAGCCUCGCGCUCGAGGGCCGCGCCCCUCACUUCCUCCGCUACUGCAACAAACAAGGCGUUCCGAUCUACUGCUUCUGCGUCGUCAUGAUCUUCCCCUUCCUCUCUUUCCUUCAAGUCGGCAGCAGCUCUGCCACCGCCAUCACCUGGUUUGUCAACCUGGUCACCGGCGGCGGCAUGAUCAACUUCCUCGUCAUGUCCAUCACCUUCCUCAACUACUACUACGCCUGCAAGGUUCAGGGCGUCGAUCGCAAGACCAGGCCGUAUUACGGCUACUUCCAGCCCUACGGCGCCUACAUUGGAAUCUGCAUGCACAUCUUGAUGCUUCUGUUCUAUGGAUACACGUCCUUUACCCCCUGGAGCGUCGCGAACUUCUUCUCUAAUUAUACCAUGCAAAUCGUCGCCCCGUGCCUGUUUAUCUUCUGGAAGGUGUUCAAGAGAACGAAGUACGUGAAGCCCCACGAGGUCGAUCUCGUCUGGGAGAGACCGGCCAUUGAUGCGUACGAGAAUUCGAUCACUACGCCGCCUGUUGGGUUCUGGACGGAGAUGCUUCGUUUGGUCGGGUUGCGACGGAGGAGAUCGGGCUCUGAGGGUGAGUGA